UCACGGAGGAAUUGAGUGAGAGAAAGGGAAAGUUGUUUACCAAGCAGAGCCAAUAAUGGGGUCUUCAGCAGAAGAGAAACAGAGCAGCAGGCUAUGCCAUGAGGAUGGUGAUGUAGAGCCCUGCUCCUACGCCAUGCAAUUGGUGACCUCGUCUGUGUUGCCCAUGGUUAUGCAGACUUCCAUUGAGCUAGGCCUUUUUGAUAUCAUUGCCAAAUUGGGUCAGGCCUCUGCCUCAGAAAUAGCUUCCCGGCUGCCUAUAAAGAACCCAGAGGCACCCAUCAUGCUGGAUCGUAUGCUCUACCUUCUUACCACUCACUCUGUUCUCAGUUGCUCUGCCAUUGAUGGUGAUGGGAGGGUGUACGCACUCACACCUGUCUCCAAAUACUUUGCCAGUAAUCAAGAUGGAGUUUCCUUCGGCCCACUACUGGGUUUGAUGCAGGACAAGGUCUUCAUGGAUAGCUGGUCCCAACUGAAAAAUGCGAUUAUUGAAGGAGGAAUACCAUUUAACAGGGUCCAUGGAUCUCAUGCAUUUGAGUACCCUGGCAAGGAUCCCAGAUUCAAUCAGGUUUUCAACACAGCAAUGUUCAACCACACAACGGUAAUUGUUAAUAAGAUCCUUGAGUCCUACAAGGGUUUUGAGCACCUUACGCGGGUGGUCGAUGUUGGUGGUGGUCUGGGAACCACCCUUAGCAUAAUCACAUCCAAAUACCCCCAUAUUGAGGCUAUUAAUUUUGACUUGCCUCAUGUUAUAGAACAUGCUGUGGCGUUUCCUGGUGUGAAACACAUUGGAGGGGAUAUGUUUGAAAGUGUUCCCAAAGGGGAUGCCAUUUUUAUGAAGUGGAUACUUCAUGAUUGGAGUGAUGAUCACUGCUUAAAGUUGUUGAAGAACUGCUACAAAGCUCUACCAGAGCAUGGGAAGGUGAUCGUUGUGGAGGGGGUUCUUCCAGAAAUACCGGAAAAGGGAUCUACUGUGAAAGCUAUCUGCCAAACAGAUUUGAUAAUGUCGACUCAAAGCCCUGGAGGAAAGGAGAGGACAAGGAAGGAGUUCCUGGACUUGGCAAUUGGAGCUGGAUUUGCUGGCAUCAGAUAUGAAUGCUAUGUCUCUUGUUAUUGGGUUAUGGAAAUCUUCAAGUAAACAACAUAUGGUUAAUUGUCAUGGUACUGUUUGCAAUUGUUUAUGAAACAACUUUGCAAAAGGGAAUAACUCUGUAAUGGUUCUGUUUUAUGCAAUUAGUGUUUGGAGUAUGAUCAACCAAAGUAACUUUAAUCAAUAAUGCAGAUGCUUCAGUUCGUGUUCA